AUGUCUGCCUCGUUGUCUCCCGAGCAGUACAGCUCGCACCAAUCGCAGAGCCCCGGGGAGGGUUCCGAAGGCAAGAGCCCUGGUGGACUGAACCUCGACUUCUUCAAGAAUUUGAACGACAAGCGCUCCAAUCGCGAUGGUAAAACGCCGAAGCGUCGCGGCCCCAAGCCUGACAGCAAGCCGGCACUGACACGCCGACAAGAGCUCAACCGUCAGGCUCAGCGUACACAUCGUGAGCGUAAGGAGCUAUACAUUAAGGCUCUUGAGGACGAGGUGCUACGACUUAAAGAAAUCUACAGCUCCGUCUCGCGCGACCGUGAGAAGCUGGCCGACGAGAACCGUCUACUAAGGGAUACACUGGUUCGAAAUGGAAUCAAUAUGCCCAACCCUAGCAAUGGGCGCGAUGACAAUAACAACGAUCCCAGCGCUGGCUCAACAGGCUUCGGCGGCGGCUCGCAAGGCCCAUUCUCGCCCCAGCAGGCCGCAUCGCAGGGCUCGGCUCCGUCUGCCGGAAGCAAUUUCUCUCGUCAACUGCAUUAUCGCGGGAAUCAAUUCAGUACAUCUCCACAAGAGCAUGUCCCAGCGACCAAACUGGACGUUGAGCAGGCCGGAAUCGACUUUGUUCUAGCACUAGAAAAACCUUGCAUGGCUCACUUGCCAUUUCUCAUGGACAGAGCAUCGGGGGAGGAGGGAGACCCAUGUGGUCACGCUCUGAUGGCAUCAUGCCCACCUGUUCCGUUUAAGGAUAUACCACAGUCGUCGCCGUUCGUCGGCACUGAUGGAACACCCAUCAAGAAGGAAGAGAUUCCGAGUCAGGGGACAUGGCAGGUCAGUAAAGCUGAUCUAUCCACGCUGUUGGACCUGAGUAAACGUCUCGAUCUCGAUGGCGAGAUUACACCCGUCAUGGCAUGGGGAAUGAUUAUGAGUCACCCGCACUUUGCGGCGCUUUCGGCCGCUGAUGUUCAGCGCAUCGCCGAGGAACUCGGCCGCAAGGUCAGAUGUUACGGAUUCGGCGCUGUGAUGGAGGAUUUUGAAUUGCGGGACGCUUUUGAAAGUGUAUGCUCCAAUAGAUUGGAGCAAAUGGCGUAUUAA